AUGGGCUCCAGCUCUUCCUCCUAUGCCCCCAAAACUAUUUACCUGGAUGUGGAUGGGAAAGUGCAAAAGGUGGUGUUCAGUCGGCACUGCAGCCCCUGUGACAUCAAGGAGCUUCUGUGUUCCUCAUCUCACAUUCCCAGGAACACUGCCAUCAUGAUGGUGGACCCAGAAGGAGCCUUGGUCUCCAUAGAUCCAACCAUGCCCACCAACUCUCCAAACUUUCUGUACAAAGUUGUUCCUCUGUCUACUGGUCAACUUGGAGAGAAGGAGGACAUGUUUCAGAACGUGUUGUCCCAGGUGGCUGAUCAGUUCAGCAGAGCCUUUCGCAUCAACGAGUUGAAGACUGAGGUCACCAACAGGCUAGCAAUGCUGGAGAAGAGAGUGGAAUUGGAGGGCUUGAAGGUGGUGGAGAUUGAGAAGUGUAAAAAUGAUCUGAAAAAGCUACGAGAUGAGAUGACUUCAAGAGGUGGUGGCAGAGUAAACUGUCCAUGCAAAUACAACUUUGACGAUGGGAAGAAGGUAACUCCUAGACGAGAUGUCCCCAAUUAUCCAAAGUACACACUGUCUCAGGAGACUGUCGAGGCACUCAAGAAGCCAACAUUCGAUGUCUGGCACUGGGAACAUAACGAGAUGCUAAGUUGUUUGGAGUAUAUGUACCAUGACUUGGGACUGGUGAAGGAAUUCAACAUGAACCCCAUCACACUCAAACGCUGGCUGUUGGCGAUUCAGGAGAACUACCGUAGCAACCCUUUCCACAACUUUCGCCACUGCUUCUGCGUUAGUCAGAUGAUGUAUGGCAUGAUUCACCUCUGCAACCUACAGGAGAAGCUGACUCUCACAGAUAUGGGCAUUCUAAUGACAGCUGCAGUGUGUCAUGACCUGGACCACCCUGGCUACAACAACACGUACCAAAUCAAUGCCCACACAGAGCUGGCAGUGCGCUACAACGACAUAUCUCCGCUGGAGAACCAUCACUGUGCUGUGGCCUUCCAGAUUUUUUCUCUUCCUGAGUGCAAUAUUUUUGCAAAUGUGGAUCCUGAGGCCUUCAAACAGAUCCGACAGACAAUUAUCACCCUCAUUCUGGCCACCGACAUGGCCAGACACGGGGAGAUACUAGACUCCUUUAAGCAAAAAGUGGACAACUUUGAUUUCACCAAUGAAGAGCAUGUGACAUGUCUGAAGAUGGUUUUAAUCAAGUGCUGUGACAUUUCCAACGAAGUGAGGCCAACUGAGGUAGCUGAGCCAUGGGUGGACUGCCUACUGGAGGAGUACUUCAUGCAGAGUGAUAGGGAGAAGUCUGAGGGUCUCCCUGUGGCUCCCUUCAUGGACAGAGAUAAAGUCACCAAACCCACUGCUCAGAUUGGAUUCAUCAAGUUUGUCCUCAUCCCAAUGUUUGAGACUGUCAUGAAGCUUUUCCCUCAGAUUGAGGAGAUCAUGGUUCAACCUUUAAGAGACUCUCGUGACCACUAUGAGGAGCUGAAACAGAUUGAUGAUGCCAUGACAGAGGCACAGAAGAAAAAAACAGAAAAUAUGUCAUUAGGCGGGAAGAAGAAGUAA